CUCCUGUCCUGAAGUCAGACAACAACUGAGAUCGAAGUUUGGGUAGAUCGUACAAGUUUGGAUGGACUUAAGUUAGCUAAGACUGUCCUUGAAUGUCAUGGCCAAUGCCGAGGAGCAGACUGAAAAACACUGCUGGGUGUGCUUUGCUACUGAAAAAGAUGACUACAGUUCAGAGUGGGUGAGUCCAUGCCGGUGUAAAGGAUGCACUAAAUGGAUCCACCAAGAAUGCCUUCAGCGGUGGCUCGAUGAGAAGCAAAAAGGGAAUGUUGGAGGUGUAGUCUGCUGUCCACAGUGUGGCACUGAAUAUAAAAUUGUCUUCCCUAAGAUGGGGGCAUUGGUAUAUUUCCUACAGCAAAUAGAUGGUGCCUUGACUCGGAUCAGUCCUUUUGCGGCUGUUGGAGUAGUAAUGGGCACUGCAUACUGGUCUGCUGUUACAUAUGGUGCUGUGACUGUCAUGCAGGUUGUUGGACAUAAGAAAGGUCUUUGCGUGAUGGAGCAGGCAGAUCCCCUUUUCCUGUUGAUGGGUUUACCCACUAUCCCUGUGCUACUUGUCCUGAGCAAAAUGAUCCGCUGGGAGGACUAUAUUGUUAGACUCUGGCAAAGAUACUCCUACAAUCGGAAUUGCCCAGCUGGCUCAAGCCACAUGCCCCCGCGGGUUCCUGUUGACGGGCCAAGCUCGGGGGAUCAUAUCUCUGUGUCCCGUACUCUCUGUGGAGCUCUUAUUUUCCCUUCUGUGGCGAGUCUAAUGGGAAAACUGCUGUUUCAUAGGGUAUCUUCUAAUCUUCAGCGUACGGCUCUGGGUGGGAUAGCGUUUAUAUUAAUUAAAGGAGCAUUAAAAAUAUAUUUCAGGCAGCAACAGUGCCUUGUUCAAGUUAAUCGUUACAUACUCAACUAUCCAGAAAGAGAAAUACAGAGUACAGGAGCAGAAGAGGACACAGAGGAUGGUGAAAACUGAGGAGUUUUCCUGCCAA